UGAAACAAUGGGGCGCCCACACCAAGGAGCCGCAUGCCUGGAUGGGGCUGUCCGUCUGUCUGCACAGCCAGUGGGGUGGAAGGAGCUAUCCUGAUUGCUGGCUCACUGAGACACAGACAACUUGGGCAAGCAACAUCAGGGGGGCACUGGUGGCCAGGAUGCAGCUGGGACGCCAUCCCACCACCUCUUCUGGCCAUGGGGCAGGGCUGGGGGGACCGGGGACCCUUGGCUGGGAUGCAGGCAAUGCAUCGGCUCCGCGCUGCCCUGACGGGAGAUAUAAUCGCCCCUCCAUUGUGGGCUGCAGAGCAGCCUGCUCCGGGCAGGCAAGCAGGCAGCGUGCCCGGCCGUCACGCUCCCCUGUCCCUGGGCAGCCCGGCCCUGCUGUGUCCCUCCUUGGGAACAACUGGUGGGCCCUGGAAAAAAGAGAGCAAGGAAGAGCAGUGUCUCCAGACCCUGGGUCCUGCAGCUGUUCGCUGGCGGGGCUUCCCACGGGGGACUGGGCUUGCUGGGCUGGCUCUGGCAGCAGAUAACGCAGUUUCCAUGCUGGCUGCUCCCUAUCAGCCUGGCGGCAGCGGGCAGACAAGAUUGCACCCUGAGCGCGCCAUGCCAGGGGGCUGUCAGGAAGGGGUCCCGGCCCCCUUCACCCCACAGCCAGCCCUGAUGUGGUUUAUUUUUACACGAGUUGUUUUCUUUCCGGCUUGAUGCUGUCCCACACGGCGGCAAGAGCCGGAGCGGGCCCCCUGCGCCUCAUUUCCUUGCCAUAAAACAACAAAGCGGGGGGCGAAGCGGCGCGCCUGGCUGGGGCGGCGGGUCGCCGGGUCAGGGCACACGCCGCUCCGUGGUUCCUCCAUCUGCUCGGCCCCACUGGCCGCUCUUGGACCAGCAUCCCCUGGCUGUGCUGCCGCCGUGCUGCCCUUCCUGAGGGCUGGAUCUGGGGCUCUCGGAGCCAGGGCUGUGUGUCUGUGUGCCAUCGGGAGUUGGCAUGGAGGGCAUCAUCCAUGUCUAGGGAUGAUGCCCCCUCUGAUGGGUGCAACUGGGCAACCCAAAGAUUUUUCCCUGCUCUCUGUGCCUCUGCUUUGCCCCCACAGCCCCAAGCAGACCCUGAAGAAGCUGAACACUGUGGCUCAGCUGCCUCCCCUGGACCCCGGAGUGGGCAGGCACUGUCCUCACACUCCAGGCACGGACCACCCUCAGCCACAGCCCACCCGUCCUGAGCUGCUUGUGCCUGUGGUGCUCCUGCCACGGGCGUGCUCAACACCACCAUUGCCUGGGGACCGUGGUCAGUCCCUCUGGUGGGAUGUAGGGCAAGGGAUGGCUCUUCGCCUGCGACACUGAGGCUUCACUGGGGCUUUGCAUGGUUGCAUCACGGGGUCCCACUGGCCCCAACAGGUCACCCUGCUCCCCGCUGCUCUCCUCUCCAAGCUGGCGGCAGUGCAGGCGGAUGGCACAUCACAGAGGACGCAUGUGGGCAGCGUGCGGGCAGUGUGCGGGCAGCGUGCAGGCGCAUGGUGAGACCAUUGCCCAGGCACGGCGGGCGGGCGGGGGGCUGGGGGCAGCCACCCCAUCUCCAGGCUGCGAGCAGGGGGUUGGGAAAGGCGUGUGUUUCCCUUUAAGAGGCAGGCCCUGGAGCUGCUUCCUCUCAGCCCUGCAAGAGCCCUAAACACAGUGCAUCUGCCUGCAGCCUGCCUGCACGCCUGCCUGCAGCCUGCCUGCAACCAGCCCUGGGCUUGAGGUUUGGCCUCGCUCCCCAACCAUGCUGCUGCUCCUGCUGCUCCUGGAGGCCACCCUGCUGCAGCUGGCCAGCGGCUCCCACCACCCCUUCUACAACGGCUUCUACUACAACCACAUCAUGAAUGACAAGGGCAACGGGCAGGACAAAGUGGUUUACUUUAAUGGAGCCAAACUGGUGGUGGAGACCCCCAAAGACCCUGUCUACAGCUCCAAUGGCGCCAACGUCACCCUGCCCUGCCGCUACCGCUACGAACCCGACAUGGAAUCCAAGCGCAAGAUACGCAUCAAGUGGUCCAAGCUGCGGGAUGACUACACCAAAGAGCAAGAUGUGCUGGUGGCCAUCGGCAAGACCUACCUGGCCUUCGGGGACUUCCGGGGCCGCGCGCACCUCCACCAGACCAACCGGCGUGAGGCCUCGCUGGUUGUCAGUGAUGUGCGCUUGCAGGAUGAUGGCAAAUACCGCUGUGAGGUCAUCGAUGGGCUGGAGGACGAGAGCAACGUGGUGGACCUCCGGCUGCAAGGCGUCGUGUUCCCCUACCAGCCUCCCCGCGGGCAGUACAGGCUCAACUUCCACGAAGCCGAGCGAGUGUGCCAGGAGCAGGGCGCCAUCCUCGCCACCUUCUACCAGCUCUUCCAGGCCUGGAGCGAGGGACUGGACUGGUGCAACGCGGGCUGGCUGGCUGAUGGCACCGCAUACCCCAUCCGACAGCCCCGCAAGCCCUGUGGUGGGUUGCACCUCGCCCCGGGCAUCCGCAGCUACGGCCCGCGACACCGGCACCAGCACCGCUUUGAUGCCUUCUGCUUCUCCUCUGCACUCAAAGGAGAGGUUUUCUACCUGGACCACCCAGCUGGGAUGACGCUGGAGGAGGCCAAGCAGAGCUGCCAGGACGUGGGGGCCGAGAUCGCCCGGGUGGGGCAGCUCUACUCUGCCUGGAAGCUCCUGGGGAUGGACCGCUGCGAUGCCGGCUGGCUGGCGGACGGCAGCGUCCGCUACCCCAUCACCAAGCCCCGGGCCAACUGCGGCCCCGCAGAGCCUGGUGUCCGCAGCUUCGGCUUUCCCAGCAAGGAACUACGGACCUACGGCGCCUACUGCUUCGUGGGAAUUAGGAACGCCGGGAGGAGAAGUGGGCUGAGCGGAGGGGACGGCGGGGGGACGCUGGCCCUUGUUACCUGGGCGGAGAUCUUGAGGCGGGGUAUGAGGGGGGGUGUCUCCUGGUGACUUCGGGGGGUUCGUGCAUCCUCUGACGAAGUGAUAGAGCUGGGUUUGGGUGCUCGGGGCAUCCUCUGACAGAGCUUUGGGCUUGUUGGCUGUUCAGGCCUUGCUGGAGAAGCCAGACCCAUUGCUGGGCCAGGAAGGGGCUCUAAUCCAGCCCCCCCAGUAGGCAGCACAAGCUCCCUUCCCCAACCCCAGCACAUCCCUCGCCCCAUCCUUGCUCCCCGCAGCCAUGAGGACUCUGCCUGGUGCAGACGAGCUGGAGGGCCGGGCAUUAAUGAGCGUGACUAAUGGAGUUUUUCCUUCUCAAUUAAUAAAGCGACGGUAAAGCUGCA